GCAUCCAGCCGCUCUGUGGAGAUGAACGGCUACACGGCGGCCCUCAGAGACCAGUACAUCAACAACUCCAUGUCCACACACUACCAGCUUCUGCCCCACCUGUUCAGCUACGCCGCUCAGUCGGGCCUGCUGGCCCCCCAGCCCCGCAGCCUCUACCCCCAGUCCCACCCCCUGGUGCUGCAGCUGGUGGCCGCUGAAGACCUGGCCCCCCUGGCAACCCCCAUGCUCAUAGAAGACGGGUACAAAGUGACCCAGGUGGAGCUGUUCGCGCUGCUGUGCCGCCUGGCAGACGAGCUGCUCUUCCGCCAGAUCUCCUGGAUCAAGAAGCUGCCGUUCUUCUGCGAGCUCUCCAUAGAGGACUACACCUGCCUGCUGAGCUCCACCUGGCAGGAGCUCAUCCUGCUCUCCUGCCUCACCAUCUACAGCGCACAGAUCUUUGGAGACCUGGCCGACGUCACCGCCAAGUACACGCCGUCUGACGACGAGCUGCAGGGAUUCAGCGAGGACGGGAUGGAGGUGAUGGAGAGGUUGAUUUAUCUCUUCCGCAAAUUCCACCAGCUGAAGAUCAGUAAUGAGGAGUAUGCCUGCAUGAAAGCCAUCAACUUCCUCAACCAAGAUAUCCGAGGACUGUCCAACACCUCGCAGCUGGAGCAGCUCAACAAGCGCUACUGGUACGUGUGUCAGGACUACACGGAGUACAAGUACCCGCACCAGCCCAAACGCUUCCCUGAGAUCAUGAUGUGUCUCCCGGAGAUCCGCUGCAUCGCAGGGAAGCUGGUGAACGUCCCCCUGGAGCAGCUCCCCCUCCUGUUCAAAGCAGUCUUGCACUCCUGCAAAUCCAGCCUGAGCAGCUAGAGGAGCGUCCCCCCACCCUGCGGUACCGCCUCCUCCGGAAACUAGACCCCCCCCGACCCUCCGAGGCGAGGGACUGGUCUCCCCUCUUGUGAAUGUGACAAGCAACUAGUUUGUUUUUUGUAACUUUUUUCUUUCUAUAUUUAUUACUCGACAGAGCUGAAUGUAUGCUGAUUUACACUGUGCACAUGCUUCUGUACAAAACAAAUGCUCGUAGAUGCAUUGGUCUUUGGAGUUUACAAGUGUGUAUCCAGUUUGCUCAAUGUGUCAGUGUUGCUAUUGUUAGAGCUAGACUUUAAAAGAGUUUAUUUUAUUCAGACGGAGGCGGAUAAACAUAUGUGACGAGUGUUUGAGAAUAACUCAGGGAAAUGUUGUUGCUAUGUUCAGGUACCUUUUCUUUCUGUUAGAUGAAGAGUUCCCUGGUCAAAAACCAAUUCCCCCAAUCAGAUACGGAGUGUCCACGGGAGCUGCAUAAUCAAAGAUUGAACCAGUGUUUAGCUUCACUGAAAAUGCAAAAGUUGAGCUUCUAUCUGCAUGGACUCAGUCAUCCUGCUCCAUGGGAGGCGGUCGUGUCAGUUUAACAUUCCAUGGGUUAAGGUGACAGUUGGAUCUGCGGUAUCUUUAUUGAAAAAAGGAGCAUACGGGUAUUUUUUACAAUCAUAGACUGGGGAUGUAAGGCUUUAUUGUGGGGAAGGGGAUUGUAGUUAGGUUUGCUGUUUUUAGUUGUAUCUUUUCCCCUUUUUGACCAAAGUGUUAUGCAAUGCUUUUUUCCCCACUGAUGGGUUGGGGGCUAAUAGCUCCACAAAAAAAAAGUCUUAUCAAUGAAGGAUCAGGAUAAGAAAUGAAUCAAUCUGUGUCAGAGGGGAGACCCCUUGCUGGGCAGACGAGUGUUUUGCCGGAUUUCAUUCUAAAUGCUGCUAAACAUGCACAGAUUUUUGUGCACACAUAUAUGCAUAGAGCAGAUGUGAUGAGAUUGUAUUUCCCUCUGAUUCUUUCAGACGGCUUGUUUCCCGUCUGCUCCCUUCAGUGCAAGGAACUUCAUGCAUUGUAGCCUCGACAAACUAUUUAGGGUUCUCUGUUGGGUUAAAGGGGAAGUUUGUGAAAUCUUGGAUUUGACUAAUUAUUCAGAACAAAGCAAAGUUCAGAGAGCCAAUGCUUGGUGUUUUGAACAGGUAGAGAUCUUCAUGGGUCAAGUAAGUCAACCUGACCUACUAGAACCAGAAUGGAAGUGACAACAAACAUUUUGCGUAGAAUGCUAGCUUCUGUUAGCUCAUCCAGCUUCAAACCCAGAUUGAAAACCACUGGUCCGUUCAAAAGUCUCAUUGGGCAGUUUUAGAGGAACUUGGACUGUUUUCGGGUCUUGUCAGGUCCAAUCAAAGUUUUGCACAGACCCAAGACCAGAAUCAGUUAAAGUUGGACCGGAUCCAGAUCCAAGAAGCCCUAGAACGUGUGGAGCUGAGCUUCAGGUCCGAUUGUUUAUUGGCUAAGGUUGGCCAAAAGACCAAUAACCCACAUUUCUUAAUGAAUUGUCGUAUAAAAGUUUGCAGAUGAUCAGUUUAAAGGAUGCAACUUCUGGCAGUGUCUCACUGGGGUCGAGGUUCAGAGUUGAAGUGACUUUCCUCUGGCUUGCAUACCCUCUGUGACAGAUAUGCACAUCGUUUAAGCCAUAUAGGAAAUGGUCUUUUAUUUUUUAAGUAUGAGAUGAUAAUUUCAAGCCGCCUGAGGCAUCUUCUUGACUCCUCGGGUUCUUUGCCAUUUCAUGACGGACGAACAAUUUGAAAUGCAUCUUUGCAUCUCUCUUUUUUUGCACACGACGGUGGGGUUCGGAGACCUUGACCUUUAACCCUGGUCCAUGCCUGCCAUGCCAUGUUCCUCUCUCAGGUCCCUGCAGACCUGAAUCUAAACAGGGUAAAGUUAGUGUUAUGUAUUGCAUUCGGGAGUUCCUCAGUGACCAUGCUGAUGUAAUUGUAGUAGAUGUAGGUUCCAGGACAUUGUAGGUCCUAAGUAGAAAAGUGUUUCCCCCUCCUUCAUUCAGUGGAUGCAGUUUGAAGAUUAGACCUGCAGGGGGAGUUUUCCUCUGGGUGUGGGUGAUGGACAGAGAGGUCCCUCCUGCAGCGCUGCAUCUUCAUCCUGUCAGCCCCUUCUCAUCUUUUGAUUUUUAUACAGUGUCAUGUUCCUUUUUAGUUAUGAUGUUAAAGUUUUGGAUUUUUGUUGUUUUUCACAUAUUCAUUGUCUUUUGUGUGGACAGGGCAGUGAAGACAGCCCUUGUCAUUUUCUAAACUUUGAAAGAAUGCUUAACUUUUUUUGGACAUGAUUUCUAGUAACUCAUUCCUUUGUCCACCGUAUUUUAUGAAAAGGUGAUAUACAGGCGAUGUGAGCCAUGUCUCACAUGGACUUGACAUCUUAUGUAUUUUGAAUCAUUUUACAAUGCAAAAGUGAUGCUUUGGAGCCAUCUGUGGUUCCAAACUUGAAUUAAAUUACACUAAUGUUCUACCACCAUGAUUCUAAGAGCAGCUAAGACGUGGACAAUAUUUUAUCUCACUAUUUAGUCAAAUGUGCAUCAUGCAUCACACAGGCUUCUGAGGUUAAAGGGUCAUUUCACCUAAAUGACACAAAGCAUUCAAUAUGUUUUCAUCUGUAGUUCAGGUUUAGUUUGGCCUGCCAUCUUCUCUACAAAUGGAUGGUGUAUGGAAUUGAGCUUGUUUUGGGCUGGAAGCAGAAACUGACAGGCCAAAACCUCCAAAUCUAACCGCCAGGUUAAACUGCUGGUAAGUGAGAAAGUAUUUGAGUGUCCAUGUCUUUUGUUGAACUGAACCUAAAAACCACAUAAUCUCAGGGAUAUUUUCUUUAUGUAAAGGAAAGUCUGUGCGAUGCGAUGUAUCUUCAAAACAGAACCAGCUCCCCCAGACAUCCUCCUCCACUGUUGGGAAAACGGCUUCAGUUUAGUUUCAAAAGUUGAAAUAAAUAUCAGGUGUUGGUGUCAGACUGAGAGAGCUGUCUCUGCUGCCACUUUGCACGGACUUCAUCAGUCCACCUACUGUGGCUUCACUCUGUAGCAGGGUGGUCAACAACAAAGUCACUUCAUCUCAAAGUAACUGUAGGAAUGCUGAACAUCAGAGUGCUGAGAUCUGACAGUGGAAGAGAAUAUGAAGGGGGGUCUUUCUUUAAUGUAGCAGCAAAUAUCAAACUGCUCAACACAAAUACCUUACUGCCACAGCUGUGACUUCCUACCUGUCAUAUUUUGAAACACGUGCUGAAGAAGUGUUCUUUUUUAUUUUCUGUAUUUUUUUUUGCAGUCAAGGGAUAUGUCAUUUUCAAUUUAUGUACUGAAACUACCUCUUUAUUUGUCAUCAUGUUGCUUACUUUCAAAUAGAUGCGUUUGUUGUCUUAUUUAUUGGUUUCAUUGCACCAAUGUUCUAUUAUUACUGUCGCUUUUUUCCAAACAGUGACCUCUCAGAUGAAUGAAACGCUCUGAUACCUGUUUUCUUAAUCUUUAUUUUUUUUAAAUGUGUAAACAUGUUGCCUCAUAAUCCUCUCUACCUCAGACUCGCCUGCUGUCAGCAGCUUUAUCUCCUCUGACCUCUGGCUGUCUCUCAUCCUCUACCUCUCCUCUCUUUUUUCAUUAAUUUCAUGUCAAAUUAGCGUCAUCUUUAUUUCACUUUAGCCCUGUUAAUCGUAAGUCCAAUACCAAUGAUGAAAGAAUGACAAUGUCAGUGUUCUGAUGAAGCAUGGCAUAAUGCAUUCUUGUUGCAGUAACCAGUGCUUUAUUUUGUGUGUUGACUUUUUCCGAAAACGCCUUGUUACCCUGUGAAUGGCUGUUAUCCCUCUGUGCUCCAUGAUUGUUCAUUGGUAAGAAAAACAUGGAGUGCUAGCUGUUUCAUAUCAGACUCGGUCAAUGCAGCUAGUGCUGGAUCAUCCAUCGCGUUUACACGCCUCGCACGGGACUACAGAUAACCGUCUUAUCUCUGGGGUUGGACAUGGAUGGCUUUUGAACAAAUGCUGCAAGCUUAAAUUACUGAUGUUUAACGUCAUGACACCCAACUAUUGUAAUAAUCUCCCCAACAUUCUGGGUCAUAUUUGCAUUUUUGCAAAGAUAAGAUGCAGGUUGUAAAGGAGCACGUUAAAGGCAUACUUCAACCCUAAAAUGACAGUCUCUGUCAAUGACCCGCCCCCUGUUACCUUGCAUUCAUGAAGAAAGUGUGUCUCACAUGCCUCCACAGUGAAGGAAAAACCCAGUCUUGAUGAAUGAAAGUAAAUAGGGUAAGAGCUGAAUUCAACAACAGCCCAACAAACAAGUACAUUAUGUUAAUCCAUUUAUUCCACUGCUGAGGUCAGGGAGGACCCAUCAUCCAGCUGUCCUAUAACAAGCCAGUUCGGCAAAGCCACAUGUCCAGCCCCCCCACGUCAGCACUGUCAGAAACCUGAGAAGAGGAGCUCUGCAGCACUCGGUUACAGAAAGAUCUUGUCAUUGUUUAAUGUUUCGAUACGAAGUCAUGACAUUAAUAAUGUUCAACAACAAGCAUUUAGUUGCUGCAUACUAUCAGAGCUCUUACUAUGACCAUGCGCUCCAAAGCUCCUCUGUUCAGACCCUGCUGUCAGGUCUGAGCCCCCUGCCCCGCUUGGGUCCAGCGGGACAGCAGCACACGAGGAGAGAGCCUGGGAGAAGUCAAGAACAAUCGUGACAUAUCUCAGGGAAGAAAGAGAUUUACGAACCGUCAUCACCUGUGAACAGACAUUGAAAUGCUUUUCUCUUCAGAAAUCUCUUGUCUGCUAUUGUUACUUUAACUACCUGUGAAGAAUGUGAUCCAUUACGUGUUAAAAGCAUGAUUAGAAUGUGUUAGAACUUGAAACCAAAUAAAUGUGAACGUUAUGCAAAUGUACUCGGACUGUCCUCCAUUUUUCUGUCCAUCUUUGACUUUGAUACGAAGAGAGAAGCAGAUGAUGAACUGGUGCGAAGCAUGUUUAUCGGUUCCUUACAGACAGUGCUUAAGAGCUUCACGUU